GGGAAGAGGGUGGGAAAAAAAAUCGGAUAAAAUAAGCGUCGGGCGCCAUCAGGCAGCAACUCGGUGUUCCUGUGAGCCGACAAUGGCCAAACUGGAGCAAGUGCUGAUACUAGAACCGCCCAUCGAGCUCAAAUUCAAAGGUCCAUUUACAGAUGUAGUAACAACAAAUCUCAAAUUGAAAAACCCUUCAGAUAAGAGGGUUUGCUUCAAAGUGAAGACUACAGCACCACGCCGGUACUGUGUACGGCCCAACAGUGGAAUUAUUGACCCAGGAUCAAUGGUUACUGUUUCAGUAAUGUUGCAACCUUUUGAUUAUGAUCCAAAUGAGAAAAGCAAACACAAAUUCAUGGUACAAACAGUCUAUGCUCCUGCUGGUGCUGCAGAUAUGGACGCAGUAUGGAAGGAUGCAAAGGCUGAAGAUCUGAUGGACUCCAAACUCAGAUGUGUCUUUGAGCUACCUUUUGAAAGUGAGAAAUCGGUCCAGUCGCCGGGCUCGGCCUGCGGCAGCAACCUUCCCACCAUGUGCCGACCCGGGAAUGAUCUAGAAACAAGCAAAUCUGCAGCAGUAACGAAUGCUCCUAAAUCUGAAGGUCUGCCAAUGCCAAAAUCUGUCAGUACUUCACUGGAUGACAUUGAAGUGAGGAAACUAAUGGAGGAGUGCAAGAGGCUUCAAGCAGAAUUGGCGAAAAUAACAGAUGAGAAUCGACAGUUGAAAGAUGAUGGACUGAGGCUGAGGAAGGCUGCCCAGUCAGGCAACCCAGUGUCAUCCACAUCUAAUGCCGCAGUCAGAGACCACGGCUCCACUGCUCUUCCUUCCCUCCUUGUUGUAAUUGCAGCCAUUUUCAUUGGAUUCUUUCUAGGGAAAUUCAUCUUGUAGAGAAAGCAUGCAAGUUAUUGGGGCCUGAAAUGUUCUGUUAAUCUGCCAUAUCGUUGGUAGUAUGGCUCACAGUGACCAUGUUCGUGUACAGCAUCUUACAGGCCUUGCCUUUAAUGAUCUCACACAAUUAGAACACAAAAAUACUUUCAGUUCUUGGAUAAUUGGAGUUGUAUAUUGUCAAAACAUCAAUAGCAGAUGUCUCAAGGUUUCACAUAAGUCCUUGGAAAAUAAUGACUUGUUCUCUCUGUGGUUUAAUAAGAGUUGAAUGAAAUGUUAAGUGUCUUGUAAAUGUUAUUUUAAUCCUUUUAAAUUUUGUUACCUGUUGCUGGAUACCUCUUGAAAUUUUUCAUUUUAUAGUCAAGUUGCUCAUGCCACUUGUUUGCCAGUAAUGAGAGAUGUACUGAAAUACAAAAAAGGUGCCUCCUUGUAAAUUAUCCCCCAUUUCCUUGCUGUUGAAGGCCGACAAGUUUAUCAAUGCAGAGUUUCUCCCUAGCCACAGAAACAUCCCCGUGAGGCAAAUGUUGAUUGAAAGCUCUUCAUUCUUACAAUCCUGUCCCAUGGUAUUUAACAAAAAUAAAAUCUUUAACAUGUUAAA